CCCUUCUGUAUACUCUGAGGCCACAUACGCGAGAAAAUCAUUCACCGCAGAAUGGUGUAUAAAUACUUCGCGUGUUGAAGGCCUUCUUGAACUUUCUCUUAUCCACACAGAUGUCGUUUCAUGGAUAGCACUGGUGUCAGAGCAAUCGAAAUCUGGAAGCUAAUCACAACCGACAACCAAAAUGGCAGGUAACACGCGAUUAGAGAACUUGAAAAGUCCGCCUGCUUCGAAAGGAGCGAACGCAGCUUCCGUUGGAGUCUCAAAAACAAACCCUAGAAAUAUUUCUCCACUCAUCGAGAAAACUGAGCAAGACAAGAAUAAGGUAAGCCAGCCGAGCUCUUUGUCAUCAAGCAACCAUAAGCCUGAGAGUGGCUUGAUCGAAAGGAACAGCCCAGUAGAUGCUACUUCAGAAGAACUGACAAACAAGAAUUGGCAGGCGUCAAGCUCUAAACGCGGCGCAAACACGACAGUAACGGAGAAUCCCAUGACGAAAGGACAUUCCCGGCCGACUUUCAAUGAAGCUGAGGCGCUCUUUAAUUCACAAGAGCCGCAAGAAUUUGCGAAUAUCGAGCCUCACGUGAAUGAAAGGAAGCCUUCAUGGUACAACAGAGGAUAUGUCUAUGUCAUGAGGAGUGACACAGAAACAGAGGCUCUCAAGCAAGGAGGUUUAGAGGGCUUCAAGGUUGCUCCAUUUUCAAAAUGGCCAAGAGUGAGCUCUACCAUGACCACCUCACCACCUCCAAAAGCAGCAAUGUCCCAGAGAUUGUCCCAAGUCACUGGCAAGACAGCCGAGGGUGCUAUAUUUAAUUCAACCCAACUUGCGUUCGCGAGACAGGAGACGGGAUUAGAUUCAAUUUCGCGGAAGCACGAAUUCGAGGAGCUCGAGAAAUUAGUUGGAACUGACAACCAAGAUAUCCAAGACAAGCUUAAGUCGCACAAAUAUAAGAUUCCCGCGACGUCCGUAACGCCGGAUAAUUCGUCCAGUCCAGAGAUGAGGAGAGCCUUCAGCACUCCCUCUGUUCCAGCGGACAGAUUUCAGACUGCCAUGAAUAACGGCAAUAGCGGCAGGAUGCGUACUGCUAGUUUGCAAAAGCAUGAGACCGGCCUUGACGAUACACUAUCGUCUUUCAUUUCGCCGACUAAAUUAGCAGUCCAUAAAAGGAAUUCAUCAAAUGUCUUUGACCCUGUACCACCCAAAAGGAGGAUACCGAAGCAGAGCCUAACGUCAUCAAGGCUAAUGAGUGCAACUCGUGGCGCUGUUGAGUAUAUCAGAGGCAAAGGGAUGGUGAUAACAGAUCCAGACAAUGGAUCAGAUGAUUAUGAUAUUCCAAUUGGAUUCCCUAGUGCGGGCACUGGUCUCUGCGAACGAGAUCACAGCUUCGACUUAAAGACGGCUUUGACACCAGCUUUCGAGCUUAAAUCAUCUCCAACCAGCCAAUUGGUGUUGAAAUGGAUUUCAAAAGAUCAGAUGUUUGAACUCCCUCGUUUCCGGUUUCCAGGAGAAGCUAUACUUCAAAUCAAGCACUGUAGAGAGAGCUUGCAAAUGUACUUUGAAAUUGACACAAAAAAAUUCGAGGGCAAGAUAGAUACUCUCUUGGUUUGGCUUAAAGGUCCCCAAACUUCUGAAUUGACUAUCUUAAAGCAUGUCAUUUCCAGCCGCCUUGGAACGAUGAAAGAUAUGCAUCCGGAAAGCCAGGAGGACCUUGACAAGAUAGCGUCGAAGAUGAGAAAGUCUAUUCCGAAGACUGGCCGCUACACUAGACGAGCUUCCAACACAAAUUCGUCAUCAAAUGCUCGCAGAUCUAAAGCGGCUAGACCAAUGGUAACAGAACUCCCCGUUCAUCAACCGAAUUCAAAUCAAUCUCAUUCCACUUCCAAAAGACAGAAGCAUCCAGGGGGUAGCAACGGCCUAUGCUAUCAGUCUGGCGAAGCCAUCGAAGUGAAUGACCUGGUCGUCCGCAUAGUCGAUCAUGUUGCAAUUCGGUUAGGACAGAUACGAUUUGAAGCGCAGGAUAGCUUUGAUGGGCCGUGGCGGGUUGCUGAGAUUCCCAAUAUCGGUGCCCUUGGAACCAGUAAACUCAUGGAUCUCUUCAGCAGCGAUGAUGAGGAUGAGCAGAAUUCAAAAGAAGCCUGCGCUGAGCUAUCUGAUCUCGAAAUUUCGACUCAGCCAACUUCGGGGGUGAUAUCUCAACGAUAUGAUAGCAAUCAAGCUCUCGAGAUGGGAAAGGUUGUCGUAAGGCUCGAUUUCCCACCAAAUUCGCGGGCGAAUGAUUGGACAGAGCUGAGCCGCCUUCUUCCCGUUUUUAAGCAUAACAGUGAAGAUCAGCUGAAAGGUGAAACCUUGGAAGCAACUACUGCAAUUGCAAAUAUCAGCUUUAACUGGGACAAAUCAGAAAGAAAGUCUAAAGAAAAGCUCAGGGGUUCGGAAGUGCUUUUGAGAAAUUAUGAUGAAUCCUUCAAUCCUAUCUCAGGCUUUGUGUGCUUGAAUGAUGGGUAUCGGGUCACGGUGACUUCGGCUCCUUUUAGCAAAGCCCGAGCGUGUGAGAAUGGAUCAUACUUCGUAGAUAACAUCUGUGCUCAGCGCACGAGAGUGAUCUCUAAGAAAGAUUCAGAAGGGCUUGAGACAGACAUGAACGAUCCAGAAAUCCGCCGAUAUCUCAAGAAUUUGCAAGUUCCUCCCAAGGAGGGCGACGUCUUCAUUUCAGAAUAUCUAGUCCAUUGGGAAGGAUGGCCCAAGGAAGAUGAUUCAUGGGAGCCUUUGACCAGUUUGGAGCUUCAAGAUGCAGUGAAGAAUUUUCAAGAAAAGAUGAAGAAAUACAGACACGAAAAAGAAGGAGGCAAAGACUGCAACCUUAAUAAAGUUAGUGGUGGCUAG